AUGAUACACGUUAAUAUCGCAGCAAUGAUAGGAAAAAUACAUUACCAAUUGAAUAAAAUUUCAAGAAUAAAAUUAAGAUGUAAACAAUGUUUUAGAUUUCUUCAACGCAUUACAUGCAAAAUAAUUGGAUUAUCGCCCUGGACAGUUGAUGACAAUAAUAUAUACAGUGUUUCGUUCGUCGGGUUAUAUUAUAAUAUUUUAUAUUGUAUUAUUUUAUCAGUAUGGAGUCUACAUGGUGUGUUCAAUGAUCCACCUGCCACUUCUCCUGCAGCAUCUCUUUUUAUAGUAUUAAAAAGAAUUCUGUUCGUUGCACUGGUAUCUUCAAUUUUGAUUCCGCUGUAUUACAUCGCUUUUGUUCAACAAAAGCGACUAAUAAGUGUUUAUAAUCGGUUCGCAAAAGUCGACGAAAUCUUAAAAAAGUGCGCCAAUUAUGAAUUAAGACGCAAUUGCACUAAUGAUGUUAUUUUCAGUGUAAAUUUUGUAACAAUUGUUUUUUUGGUGGUGAUUUUGGAUAUGUGCUAUUAUAUACCAAGUAGAGUUUUGUUUGGAUGUUUUCCCAGUGUAAUUGGGGGAUGUGUAAUGAUUCAGUAUGCAAUGCUGCUUAAUAAAAUAGACAGCAGAUUUAAGAGCAUAAAUUCCAUUAUUUUGAAUAUUAGUGAGCCAAAAAUAAGUGUUGUUGGCCCGCAAAUGAUGUCAGUAAGUUAUGAGUGUCAAUUUCGUGAAUCAAUUUUGUACGAUAUCGAUAAUCUCCAAAAAGCAUACAUGGAACUGUACGAAAUGUGCUAUGACGCUGCUAAAUUUUAUGGAAUUUCUAUUAUAAUUGCCAUUUUGUGUUGUGGAGUAAAAGUAAUCUUCACUUUAUAUAUAUUAAUCUUGUCAGCAGUUUACUAUCAAGAGAAUUACUCUCCUAUAUGGCACGUUAUAGGAUUUCGUUUCUUUUGGGUCGUUUUUUUGUUUGUAGUUUUCACUUUAAGUACAACUGAAAUGAAAAAACAGAACCGCAAGCUGGCGAGGACUAUAUGUAACCUUGUUGAUCAAAGUACACUGGAUGAUAAAGUUGUCGAAAAGUUGUCCUGCUUUUCCAGUGAUCUCAGUGAAUUAGAAAUCGAAUUAACAGCCUGCGAUAUUAUAUCAUUGGACCGUUCGCUUUUAGGAAUAGCAACGGCAACUGUGACAAUUUAUUUGGCCAUCACUUUACAAUUCGAACUUCUGAAUAAUUAA